AUUACUUCUCUGAGUCCAGACUCUAGAAAUAACUUAAUCAUGAGUGGAAGAGGCAAAACCGGCGGAAAGAGCAGAGCAAAGGCAAAGUCCCGCUCUUCCCGUGCCGGACUCCAGUUCCCAGUCGGUCGUGUCCACAGACUGCUGCGUAAAGGAAACUAUGCCCAGCGUGUCGGUGCUGGCGCACCCGUAUACCUGGCCGCCGUGCUGGAGUACCUGACCGCUGAGAUCCUGGAGUUGGCUGGAAACGCUGCCCGUGACAACAAGAAGACUCGUAUCAUCCCCCGUCAUCUGCAGCUGGCUGUCCGCAACGACGAGGAGCUCAACAAGCUGCUGGGAGGAGUGACCAUCGCUCAGGGAGGAGUGCUGCCCAACAUCCAGGCUGUCCUGCUGCCCAAGAAGACCGAGAAGGCUGCCAAGAAGUAAACACGCAUCAAGGACUUCUGACAAACACAAAGGCUCUUUUAAGAGCCACCACA